UCAGAGGGACAGAGCGAGAAGAUGGCGAAGACGUACGAUUAUCUCUUCAAGCUGUUGCUGAUCGGAGACUCGGGGGUGGGCAAGACCUGCCUCCUGUUCCGCUUCUCCGAAGACGCCUUCAAUACCACCUUCAUCUCCACCAUCGGAAUUGACUUUAAAAUAAGAACAAUAGAGCUGGAUGGAAAGAAAAUCAAACUGCAGAUCUGGGACACAGCUGGGCAGGAAAGAUUCCGAACAAUCACGACAGCCUAUUACAGAGGAGCCAUGGGAAUUAUGCUGGUAUAUGACAUCACUAAUGAAAAAUCUUUUGAAAAUAUUAAAAACUGGAUAAGAAACAUUGAAGAGCAUGCCUCUUCAGAUGUUGAAAGAAUGAUCCUGGGCAACAAAAGUGAUAUGAAUGACAAACGACAAGUAUCAAAAGAAAGAGGAGAAAAGUUAGCAAUUGAUUAUGGAAUUAAAUUCCUUGAGACAAGCGCAAAAUCCAGCAUAAAUGUAGAAGAGGCAUUUUUUACACUUGCACGGGAUAUAAUGACAAAACUCAACAGAAAAAUGAAUGACAGCAAUUCACCAGGGGCAGGAGGACCAGUGAAAAUAACAGAAAAUAGAUCAAAGAAGAGCAGUUUCUUCCGCUGUACACUCCUUUGAUAAACUCUUAAUAAUGGACUACAUCACACCUAGAAGAACCUUUCCUGCUUUCCCGAAAGCACAGGGUCAUAUCAUAGCCCCAGAGACACAAUACCACCAAGCUGCCACUGAGAGCUCCAUGGAACUCAGACUUCUUUAAAAAAAAAAAUACAACAUGGAUUAUGGCCAUGUGGCCUUUCAGCAGGUCAGGCUCCUUUCCUCAAACAUGGAAGCAGUGAAGUGGAGACACACGCAGGAGUUAACUUUUUGUUUGUUUUCUUGCCUGUUGCAGAAGCUGCUAUCUUUCUUUUAACUUUGCACAUCAAUGUUAGUCCUUGCCUGUUACAGCACAAUCAUACACUUGUAUUUGCACAGUUUUGUCUUGUGAAGUUCUUUAACAGAUUUGUGCAUUUUGGGGGAAGUUUACAAAGGAGAAAUUUUUAAAUUUACACAAAUUCAGAAACUUCAUCUGGUUCAUAGGGACAAAUAUAAUUUGUAGUAUGUGUUUUGAAGGGCUAUAGUCUUAUGUAAAUUUCUUAAAAAGAAAAGUUAAAUGCUAAUGAGGUUUUUUUUUUUUUUAAAAAUUCAAGAAAACGCACUGGUCUGUACCUAGGCUACUACUUCUUCCUCUCUUCAGAAUAUAGGGCUUUGCUUCAUUCUCAUCUAUUUGACCCCAGAGGUAUUGGGAGUAGCUAAGACUAUAAUUUUCUAAACUUAUAUCCUUUCUUCUUAGUUUGUAAAAACUGCUCUAAAUCACUUUUACUUGACUAUUCUAAUGCAGUGUGGUAUAACGGAUGAAGGUUCAGCCUCAGAGUCAGGAAGACCUAAGCUCAAGUUCUGUGGGGCUUAAUAGGACUGUGUGCCCACAAGCAAUCACUUUUCCUCCUAGAUAGUGCCCCAGGUUACAGACAAGUUGAUAAUUCUUAUUCUUGGGGGGAGUUUCUCCAGUGGAGUUCUCUAUAGGUGACUACAUCUGACUCCACCCCAGUACACUUUCCUCUUCCCCCAAUUUUUUUCUUAGCCUCCUCUUCCCUUCUCUCUUGUCUUAGCUCCUCACUUUCUGUCCAACAUUCUUUGACUUCCCAGAUUUCUUUUUAAAAAUUGAGACCUUGAAAUUUUAUAUGUGCGUACGUGCAUGCGUGCGUGCGUGUGUGUGGCUGGAAUGGUUUUUUUAGUGGCUUAUGGUAGCUCCUCCAUAAAACAAUACUCAAAAUUUUCUUCUUGGAUUUACAGCCCCUUUGCUUUUUGGUAUCUCCUUUAUACCAACUAUUUCUAGCAUAAACUCUGACCAGGGUUAGCAGCUUACCUGUAUGAAGAGAGCAACCUGAAUAAAUAGAGUAACUUAGGGAAAUUUUAGGGAAUUGGAUUUUUAAAACACAUAUAUACUUAACUGGACUUAGUGAAACCUCUACUAAAUAAUGCCCUUUCAAUAAAGAAAACAUGAACAAUGUUUUUAGUUUCAAAACAGCUAUUAUUGAAUUUGUAAAACCUAGUUCCAUCUGGUCACAUUCUAAGUUACUGAGUAUAGAGGUUGAUGGUGUUAUUUAGGGCAAAGCCAACCAGAAGUUUGCCAGCCUUUCUCACUGAACACUGUUCCCUGGUGUACUUUGCAGAUUUUUUUUUAAAGGGAAAAAAAUGUUCAUGGAGUAGAAAUAAGAGAAAUUAGUGAUAUUAAGGUGCCAAAUUCAGGUCAGUGCAAACCCAACAAUGUAAUGAGUGUUGUAACAUAGAAAAGAAUGACGAAAGGAUGAAUAGGUGAAAUGUAUCCUUGUUAGGAACUUUUUUUUUGUAUACUUGUUCUGUUUUACUAUAGUCACUGUCAUAAUUGGUGGGUAAUAGGAAAAAAAAUGAGUUGGCUGUCACUACUGAGAAUUUGUUUGAAAUAAAAUUUGUCGUUAGGAUGCUUUGAUGGACUUACCUAUCUCCAUGUUUCAGAACUUAAACAUAUUUCAUCAGCAGUAAAUAUGCAAAAAGCUAUUUCUGAUUGGUGUUAAGAUCUUACUACUAAAAAUCAUCAACCUCAUAAGACUUUGUGGUCACCUUUAUAGGUGUGAUGGUUGAGGUGUUUAUAGAUGAAAUAAUGCUCCCUGUUGCUAUUUCCCAUAAUAAUGUUUUCUUAUAACUUGCCUAUAAAUCACUGUUAUUCAGAUGGAUUUUUUAAAAAGAAAAAAAAAUCAUGUUUAAGAACAUCCCUAAUCAUUCUGUGUGUACUUAACGUGUUCUAGAAAAGGGUCAAGUAGUUAAGUUUUCUGUAAGGUAGUAAAGUGCUUUCUAUAAAGGCAAGUGUUAUGACACCAUUUAUGAAUGUAAUUAUCUUUCAGUAAUUUACCUCUGACUAUUUGGUGUCUUAAUACUGAUUUUUAUCUCAGGGGUUGUCUGCAAACCAAAACUGACAUAUUCUGUGGUUAGCAAUGUUGUUGGCUUGUUUUUAAUAUAAUGCUUUGCCUUUGCUCCACUUUCUCUCUGGUUUUGUCCUGUAUAUGUUAAUGCCUAGUCUCCAUGAAUUUCCCUCUGAAAGAGCCUGUGAAAGUUGAGUCUAAAAUUUUAGCUUUUUGAAGUAGCAGCCAUUUGGGGUAUUUGCUCUGUUGUAUAAAAACAAGAUGUCUUUGCUAUUUUCUUACAUUUAGCCAUGCUAAAUUGUAUAUAAAUUUGAGGUGAGACCAUAGGAAAUUUCACUUUAUGCAUGGUAAAAUGAUCCAGUAAAUAUUUCAUUUUGCUUAAUAAUGUUCAUAUAAUACAUUAUUUUUUUCUAUUUGUAGAAGGAUUUAAUAACAGACAGUUUUGUCUGUUCCCUGCUGAAACUGAAGAAUUCUAGUUUCACGUGAACAUUUUUUGGUCUUAUAAAGUAAAAUACAGAUAUUUGCAGCAGUAUUAAGUGGUUCAGUGGCUGCACUUUAUUAUCAAUGUGCUAAUUUUUUUAUAAUGGUUGGUGUAGACCUUUUCAAAUAUAGUCUGAGAGUGUCAGACAAUGAAAAAUGCUGUAUCUAAGUAGCAUGUAAAUCACUGAUUGUACCAUUUCGCUGGGAACCUAUUUUAGCUAUAUUUUACUUUAGAGAAACAGAUAACAAUAAAUGGUAUGUUUUGCCUGUGCAUCAGUUCCUGGGUGCUGCAGGUUUUCUUACUAUCCAUAUGAACAUUUUGUGCAGUCUUUGUAAGCUUUCAGAGGACUAUUCUCUUUACUUUGAAGGACUUUUUAAAACUAUACCUCAGUUUGAAAACUAGUAUUCUAAUGUCUAAUAGAACAAAGGUGAGCCAGCUGUUAACAUUUUACAAAAUAGUACAUUUAUGUUUUAUCUUGAUUUAAAGGCAUCAUUAGUCUUUAGAUUAAAGUGGACAUUUCAAGUUUAGAGUAGAACCUGUUAUGUUAUGUCCAAUAAUGCAAAAAAAAAAAUUAUUCCAGCUCUUUUUUUUUAAAGUGUAGCUGUGCAAUAUAGGUAAAUUUCUGCAAAAGUUCCUCCAAGAUUACAGCUUAAAUUUUUGGGUCCUCAAUGGUAAUCAUCUCUGUUAUGUCUAAUAAAGCUUUGAACUUAGGAUCAACAAGUGAAACAUUUAUUCAGAUUUUUUCCUUUUUUCUUUUUCUUCAGAUUUUCUUUUUCCAUGACCAAGACUGUUUUAUAUAAAUUUAGUACUUAACAUUUGAAAAUGAUCUUUCAUACUUAAAGUUAUAAAACUAUGUUUGGUUUACUUACAUAAAAUUUAGGGCAUUUUUUCUAGUUGACUUUGCAAAAAUCUCUUUUUAGAAAGAGCAUUUCCUCUUCUUUUUUGCACCAUCUGAAAAAAAAGGGAUGCUUCAACAUGUGACCUACAGGAACAGGAUGUUAGUGAAAAUCACAUUCUUCGACUAGCAGUUUUACAGUAGAAUUAAAAUGUUUUUAGGCUAAUAAAAUUGAUGCUUCUUGUUCACUAUUAAAACUUAUCUUUAAUCUGACUUUCAUUUAGUGAAAUGUACAGAUAUGAAGCUUAAGAAAUAAUUAUUUGUAGUUAUUUUCAGAUCACUUCAUCUCUUAUGCUUGUGCCACAUUUGAUUACAUUUAAUUAUGCCAAGAAAUAACAAUUUCCAUUUCAUUUUCUUAGUUUCCACUGAAUUUAAUUAUUUCAGUGCAUUCCUAUGGCCUUACAAAUGGGUGUUUUUUGUUCAUUCGCAACUGACACUGCUGAAGUAGGACUCCAAUGUCUUUAAUGCAAUAUAUAGUUUAAGUAUCUGACUAAAAAACAAAACCCUAACAGAAGAGGCUUAGUUUUUCAAUAGAUUUGCCCUACCCUUUGUGUGUUUAAGCACAUUUUAUCUCUGCUCCAAAAGCUUAAUGUGAAAAGCUCCUGCAGAUAAACGGAUUUGUUAUGUGGUUAAAUUUGUUUGAAUCUAAUCAUUAACUGUGUACUGAUAUUGAUGCUGUGUUCAAAAGAAAAAAAAUGGAUUUUAUUCCAUGUCAACUUUUUUUACAAUAAUGUGUCUAAAAUAAAGACUACAUAAUUAUGAAAUACAUUCCA